UGCAGUCAUUUGAUGAAGCCUAAUUCGUACAUUCUUUGCACGAAUGGGCCAAAGGGCUCCUGUGGAAGAUGGAACCCGUUGUCCCUUUUCCAGAAUGUGCUUCCAAGCCCAUCGAUGGAACUUGAUACUGCAGUUUUGUGUUGAAAUGCUUGAAGGACGCCGGCAUCCCUGCCUGCGUCUCCCAUCCUCCUGAAACCAUGGUCUUCUCGGCACUGUUGCCAGCAUCCUAUGCUGGGGCAUCCAACACAACGUUUGUGGUCUAUGAAAACACCUAUGUGAAUAUUACACUCCCUCCACCAUUCCAGCCUCCUGGCAUCGGUCCUCUGCUUAGAUACGGUUUUGAAGCCAUGGCUCCCACUGAUUUGAGUUCCUUGACAGCAAAUAGCACAGCUAUGCCCCCAACACCAGCAGCUUUUAAGAGCCUAAACUUGCCUCUCCAGAUCAUCCUUUCUGCUAUCAUGAUAUUUAUUCUGUCCGUGUCUUUUCUUGGGAACAUGGUUGUUUGCCUUAUGGUUUACCAAAAAGCUGCCAUGCGAUCUGCAAUUAACAUCCUCCUUGCCAGCCUGGCUUUUGCAGACAUGUUGCUUGCCAUACUGAACAUGCCCUUUGCCCUGGUAACUAUCCUUACUACCCGAUGGAUUUUUGGAAAAUUCUUCUGUAGGGUAUCUGCUAUGUUUUUCUGGCUGUUUGUGAUCGAGGGAGUAGCCAUUCUGCUCAUCAUUAGCAUUGAUAGGUUCCUUAUUAUAGUCCAGAGGCAGGAUAAGCUAAACCCGUAUAGGGCUAAGGUUUUGAUUGCGGUUUCUUGGGCAACUUCCUUUUGUGUAGCUUUUCCUCUGGCUGUAGGAAAUCCCGACCUGCAGAUACCUUCCCGAGCCCCCCAGUGUGUGUUUGGGUAUACAGCCAGUCCAGGUUACCAGGCUUAUGUGAUUUUGAUUUCUCUCAUUUCUUUCUUCAUACCCUUCCUGGUAAUACUGUAUUCAUUUAUGGGCAUACUCAACACCCUUCGGCACAAUGCCUUGAGGAUCCAUAGCUACCCGGAAGGUAUAUGCCUCAGCCAGGCCAGUAAACUGGGUCUCAUGAGUCUGCAAAAACCCUUCCAGAUGAGCAUUGACAUGGGCUUUAAGACACGUGCCUUUACCACCAUUUUGAUUCUCUUUGCCGUCUUCAUUGUCUGCUGGGCCCCGUUCACCACUUACAGCCUGGUGGCAACGUUCAGUAAGCACUUUUAUUAUCAGCACAACUUUUUUGAGAUCAGCACCUGGCUACUCUGGCUCUGCUACCUCAAGUCUGCAUUGAACCCACUGAUCUACUACUGGAGGAUUAAGAAGUUCCAUGAUGCCUGCCUGGACAUGAUGCCUAAGUCCUUCAAGUUUUUGCCGCGACUUCCUGGUCACACGAGACGACGGAUACGCCCCAGUGCUGUCUAUGUGUGUGGGGAACAUCGGACGGUGGUGUGAAUAUUGGAACUGUCUGACAUUUUGGGUCAUUCCUGGUUGUCCUUUAUGGACACUGAAUUUUCUUUCACGUGGCUUCUCCACUUAUACUUCAUUGUUCUUUAGGAGGGAUGUGUGUGUAUGUGUGUGUGCAGUGUAAAGAAAGAAUGGUAAUUAGUUAUAGUUCUGUUACUAAGAAUACAUAAUAGUGGGAAGGUGAUCACAAAUGUUACCUCCAGGAGAAAUCCUUGAUUUAGGGUGAGGAGAUUAUUUUUGUGGAUUUUCAACAUUGAUUUUGUUUUUGUAGUAGGAAUCUGGAUUAUGUUUUACUAAGCCUGCCAUUAUGUUGAGUUGUAGGUGUUUUGUAUGCUGCUAAGGUAUGCUUAGUUGAGCUUAUCAAUUCUUUUUUUUCUGGAAGGCACUGCUGCUUUUUGCCAUCACAUUGGAGCCAAAAUCCCUUACAUCUCAGUCAAUACAUAUUUAGUUUUAUUUUUAAAAAUAACCUAAGGGAGUUAGUGACAUUUUAAAGGUCAUUACUAUUUACUUUGGUGCACUUUAAGAAGCAAUGUACAAAUUGAUUCCAUCAUAUUUUUCAGACUUGCUUUUUAUGUGACAUGUUGUGCUUUAGGAAACAUGUGCAUAAUCAUUUCUGAGAAGUUAGUUUUUUAAAAAAAAAGUUUAUCUGCAUGUAUAGUUUUAAAGGAGAGAACAUAAAAAUGUAGAUAUUUUUCUAAGCACAGUAGCAGCUCUUCAGAACCAUAGGGCAAAAUGGAGGAGGCAGCAUCCUUGCAAAUGUGAAAGGGGGUGCAGUGAGGGGGACCGCAGGUGGCCGACGCCAGCUGUGGCAAUUCCUUUUACUCAA